CACUGAAGCUUUGAGUCCCCAAGAAGGCAAUAAUUCUUGGCAGAAAGGGAAGGGUCCCUUUCUCUCUGUGAAAAGAAAUUGAAAAAAGAAACAAAAAAGAUGCUUUGCUUAAUUUGCUGCAUUUUGCAGAUGCUGAUACCGCUACCGAAUUGACGAUUUAGUUCUAGAACUAAAAUGAUUUUUUGUGCACUUCCUUGCGAUGCAAUUAGCCUUGGUCUUUCGAAUUGGGUUGCAAAGCUUAGAUAUUCUAAGCUAAUAUCUUCAGUAUUGGGCCAAGCUUGAUAUUUUGCAAAGAAAAAUCAGGAGAAGAUGUAUACUCAACUGGAUUUAUAGUGCUGAUGCGCUAUGUGAUGGGAACACUUUCUUAUAUUGAUUCCUUUUUGCUGAAGUACAUCCUUUUAAAAUAGAGGGUAUCGUCCUCUUGUUUCAUCAUUCUUACUUAUCUCCAAUCCUUUUUAUUACUUGUACCGGGGAAUUUUGAAGACCAGAGGGCAUGGCCACACCUACUUUACCUCCUUCAAGGAAGAAAAAAUUAUUUGAUACUGCGAAAUGUUUAGCGCACAUCUUUUUGUUUUUGUUUUUGGUAGUAAAAUGAGUAUCUUAUUAUUAUUUUUUUCUGAAUAAACUGGAUACACACACACACACACAACAGCAAAAUGCGAAAACACGAGGGUUUAAACAACUCCAGGCACCAAAUCAUCAUUCACCACCUUAAUAGAGUAUCUCUUAUGUUUUGUCCAUAGUAGAGACUAAUCUCCCUUAUGGUUCUUUCUUAGCAGAUGAAAAAGGAUUUUUCACUUUCCUAAUGGAAAACGACUGAGAUAAACCCUGCAUGAGAGAACACAGGAUGUCCAGAGACUGUUUUGACUAACUACCAAGACCAUCUUUAGUAGUCUUAGCUCUCAACCACAGCACGGCCCACCCCAAAAAUAAAUGAAGAUAUGACUUAAAAGUUAAAACGGUCACCUCAAGGGUUUCUUUGUUCUUCAUUUUUUUAUUUCCAGAUUGUUUUUGUAUCAGUUGGGCCAACUUCUUGUUGGCGGAUAUUCCAAGUUAAGCUCAAGUCUCAAGGAAGGGAUCUAUUUGAGUUUUAACAGACUCAAAGAAAUGGUGUAAUGAUUUACACUUUUGAAGUUGGGCUGAGAGGGAAUCAUAACCACAAUUCCUAACCAUAACCGACAGGGACAAAGAGGAUAACUAUCACCGAAACAUUGAAUGGUCUCACCCAGAAAGCCUCCAAAGUACUAAAAUGCAGCCCCACCGACCCCACUCCAAAACAAGCUAGUACUCCAACCUCACUUUCUCCUCUUGAUGAAUCAUUUACCUCGUAACUCGUAAGCCCCCCCCCCCCCCUCUCUCUCUCUCUUUCCCCUCACAUAAAUACACACAGCCAAAAGUUCCUUAAGAUGACUACAAUCAACAGACUAAUGCAGAGGUCUUGGGACUGGAUGCUUUGUAGCCAAAGGUCUCCAAAAAUGCUCGCCAUGCUGAGCCGCCAUCACACACCGAACCUCUCAUCGAACCAGUGUGGGUCGAACCAGGUUCCGAUCAUAGACGCGCCACUGCCUCUGGUGUGGUCCCUGAUCAGGAGAUUUGAUCACCCACAGAGUUACAAGCAGUUCAUAAAGAGCUGCAACAUACUGGCCGGCCAUGGCGGGGUUGGCAGUGUGCGUGAGGUCCUGGUUAUGUCCGGCAUGCCGGCCGGAGUUAGCUUGGAGAGGUUGGACAAGCUUGAUGACGAUCAGUACGUUAUGAAGUUCAGCAUGAUCGGUGGGGAUCAUCGGCUGCUGAACUACAGAUCCACCAUCACUCUGCAUGAGGAAGACGGGCAAGGAUAUGAAGGGAAGACGGUGGUGAUAGAGUCAUACGUGGUGGAUAUUCCGGCGGGGAGUAGUGGGGAAGAUACUUGCUCUUUUGCCAACACCAUCGUAGGUUGCAAUCUAAGGUCGUUGGCUAGAGUUACAGAGCAGAUCUUUUGUAAGACUAACACUAACUGAGGUUGUAGUUUAUUUUGGAUUAUUUUAUUACCAUGUUCGUUGUGUUUUGGGAGAGUUGCACUUAUGCCUUCAUGAGCUAAAUAAUUACUCUGCAGGUCUUUUCAGUUUUGAAAUAAUUGUCCAAAUCUAAGGGUCUUCGUUGCAAAUAAAAUUGUUUGCUGAAAAGAUGGGAAUGCUCUGGGUUUUCAAGUA